AUGGCCACAACUUACGACUGUCAGAUCAACAAGAGAGCGUUGAUUGAUUUGCUGGGAGUUGAGCUCAAGGCACACCACAUAGACAUCUCUGGAAUGGUGCUGGAAAGGUUCAACUUUAUUCUUGGGAACACAGACCUCUCACAGGAGCAGUCGAAGGUCAUCCACACUCUAUUUGUACAGCCUAUGUUGGUCACUGAUACAGACCUUGGAAAGAUUCUGCGUCUUAAAGCUCCACAAAUGGGAAGCAGCCUCAACCAAAGCCUUGCACCUCGAGAACAUGCAUUUUACAUCCGCUCCUGGUCCAUGACACCGACACAACUCUACAACAUCUCACAAUACCUACAAGAUGACGGCAAGACGUUCCCCGAGUUAGAUGAGUGGAAGUUCACCAGUUUCGUGGCACGGACCCGGGAUAUCACGGUGCGAUACGUCGGAAGUACAAACUGUGUGACGACUGCUUCCAGACGAUUCGCGGAUGAUACAAACAACAAGUCCAAAAAGAGUCUUCUCGGUGCUUUUCAAUGCUGCUUAGAGGAAAAAUAUCCACUCAUAUCUCAGAAGGCAAAGAUUCAUCUACUCCCAGAUAUGUCAUUCGAUAUACUGGGCAGUGGAAACCAUAUCGGCAAUCAGUUGAAUGCGGAUGAUACAGAGAGUUUACUCAUUCAUCUCCUUGGAUCCCGCUCCCUUUUGAAUUUGCAGCUUGGAGGGCAUCAUAUCAGAUAUCUGCCGAGCGAAGAAGAUGAAAUGAUAUUUGAAAAUCUUGAUACCAGCUACUUUCAGAAAAUCCUGAGCGAGAACAGUCUGUUUUCUAACAGCGAAUGGUCAAGCGUGAAGAAUCAUUUUGCCAAAAUGCUUACUGGAGAUCCGCGACUGAAUGAAGCUGUGAGCAAAACUGCCAAGGAUGCUCUUGAAAGCCAAGCAAGACCAUACCAGUACCUUGGAACAACGAUCGUCGUAUUCAUUGGAGAAGAGCUCACAGAUAGCCACCUGAAAGCAAGAUGCUCGUUUUUCGACGGGAAAAGCAAGUCUAGCAGACUUGUGAGGAAUUUGAUCUAUCGCAUCAAACACAUUGAAGAAAAGAACUACAUCGGGGAUAACGUGGUGCCACUUCAAGACAUUUCAAGAGCUUUCCCUUUUCUCAACGUGAUUCCGUUGCCCAAAUACAGCGCCACAGUCAAGGCACUGGAUUUUCUCUCGGCUUACUUCCGAUGUACGCGGCCGAUCAUCGUGGUAACAUUUGGAAAAGUAGCUGCGAGCGCCAUGAUCUUCAAUCUGACCAAAAUUAGUGCAAAAUCGAGGCUUAUCAAGUCAUUCUUGACGCUUGGUACGCAUCCACUCGAGAUUCGCUCUUAUGAUUCGGAUGAUAAUGAAGCAUUCAUUCACAUCCCCCUGGAACAUCCCGGCAGUCACCAGUAUGGGCCUCGGUCUUCGGUUAGGCUGCGCUUUUACUACUUAACGAUGCAAUUUGCUUUCUUCGUCGCAUCCUGCGCGAUUGAGAUUGUCGAUACAUAUCCCAAAUGCACAAAGACCCCUUCUCGUCGGGAAUUAUGCACCCAAAUCUUGGCCCAUGUUGAGAAAGCACUAAAAAGUGGUGCUGGUUCUUAUUUUCAGUCAAAUAUGAUCCAGGCAAGAAAAGCUGCCCAGGCAGUUGAAAAUUCGGAUACACAUUUUCAAACAGACUUGUUCGAAUACCUUUAUAUGAGAAGCUCAAACUGGCACGAAAGCAAACUGGCACAGACGGCGUUGUGCGACUCCACUGCCCGCAUCCAUAACUCAAUCGGGGCGGUAGCAACCGGCCCAUUGGACUUCUACACUCCUGCAAUAUUUGGCAAGAAAAAUGGUAUAGAAAUUCUCGAUGAACACACAUUCUCUCACAUCGCAUCCUUUGGCAUGUCUGUUGGCGAGGCGUAUUCCGAAAAAAGGCGACGAGACUUAGAUAUGGUCUGGGCUCGUGCGCAGAAAGAGUUACACUGGUCAAUUCCACAUUCGGAAGACAAAAGGAAUAUUUGGAUGGAACAGUUCGCGUCUCUUCAGCCAGGUCAGCCAUACCUUUUGCGGGCUUUGAGUCAGCUUACAGAUGGCGACUAUCUCAAAGUUCUCAUUGAAACUUGUCCAAAAAAGCGCUGGUAUCCUACACUUCCCAUCGAAAAAUAUGAAAAAGGCGUUUUAUCAGAGGGUGUUGUAAAAUGCGGCUUCUGGCUCCAGAAGAAAAACGUGAGAAAAAGCAGCACUCUGUUCCCUUCUCGCUUCUUGACUGCAAAGGAAAUGCAGGGCUAUCCUAUUGCUAUUAAGGAAGAUGGGGCAUUCUUGCUCCGAUGGAAGCAUCCAGAUGGGAGCAAUAAAACUCUUUCGCUGUGUGCUCGAUUUGCCAUCCCCAAAGGGAAUCGUGAUUCUAGAGCAUUAUCCUUCACAGAGCACGGGAUUGACAUCGUCGAUGCCAGUGGAAGAAGUCUUCGAUCGUCUAACUUGUGGAGUGAGGGAAUCUCCAAAGCCUCAAUUCCUAGAUCAGAGCUUCACUCGAGACCUUCAGGCCGGCUGUUGGUCGAUCUCUGGACCACUGCUCGUCAGGAUUGUGGGCAUAGUGUUGCAAAAGAAGAAAUUGACGGAAUAAGUAAGAAAUGGGGCGCGCCAGGGCAGAAAUACCUCGCAAGUAAUGCCACAAAGCAACAGAUGCUACGCCAGAACUGUCCUCCGCGCGAAAAUGAUGCCAACUUCUUGUUGGUGGCGUUUCUAGACGAAAGAUUCCCAGAUGGUGGUACCUUACGAACAGCCCCCAAGGCAAAGGUUGGGGAUUCCACCGAAGAUUUGCAAGCUUUUGUUCAGUUCUGCAAGCGAUCAGAAUUUUCACGCCAUCCAUACUCUUCCACGUGGAUUGGAUUGCUGGACAGGGACGCACCAUUGGUGGGUCUACUCGGGAAAAACAUUCAGAUUUAUCGUGCAUGCCAGUCAGAUCGAUCCAAUUCCUGGUCUAAACAUCUCAAAAAAAUGGUAGGUGAAGUCAAACUCAUUAUCGGACCAAAAGAAACUGAGUCCCGCAUAACUUGA